GUUGGAAAGUAAGGUGUCGCUCGAUCCCCCGAGACUCGAUCACUACGUCAUCACAUAUACUUCCAAUGAACGAGCCGCGAGAUGAUGUCCAGCCGAGUCCGCGAUAACAAUAAACCCGCCAAAGCAUCUCUCGCGUGAAGACUCCGUUAUCGAUAGCAACAUCUCGUGCUGUGUCGUCUGCAUUUCCCGUUAUGCACCUUCCAUGCAAUGGAAAUAGCUGGACUUGUCCAAGGAUAAAGCUUUUAAUUUCUAUUCUUUGCUACAUGUAUUUUCAUUUUUGAAAAUGAUAUUUGGAGGACACUUGACGCUUGUAUUGAUCGUUUUUCUCGGUUUAUUCGACUAUUCAAUUUGCUUCAAGUGCUUCCGGUGCAUGUCCAUGUUAUCCCCAAACUCGACCUGCGACCUUUCACCCAUUGACCUCGUAGCCAUUGAAUGUGACACCUACUGCUUUACGGAAGUUAUGAUGGCGGCUGGAGUCCAUGUCUACACCAAGCGUGACUGCACACGACAGUUCGACUGCACCGAGGAGUCCACUUGCCGUGAACUCGCCCAUUCGGGCAACUGCAAAGCGUGCUGUCGGGAUAACUUCUGCAACAAAUACACUGGGAGAGCGGUGGCUUAUAACACCAUGGAGUCGAUGGGGGUGUCCCGUCACUAUAGCAACAAUCGUUGGGCGUGGCUCACUGCGGCGCUGUCAGUGGGUGUAUAUCUGAGGCAGCUUUCUUCAGCAUCGUAAACCCCGUUUGGCUUUUUGCUUUGAUCUAAUUUUGAGCCCGAUUUAAAGACACCAUCUUCGAUUUUUUUGGCUUGUUGUCUGUAAUUGAAAGUGCUUGACCAUGUAUAAUU